AUGCGGAACACUUCACCGAGACCCACAGCAGAGGAAAAAGCGGCACUUGAGGAGAUCAGCCGGUGCUCGGUUUCCGAUAGGUACAAACGAGCACUUGUUAUACGGCAGGCAGGGAACUUCGGGACCUUGUGGCCACAAGGCUUGUGGGGGCAGUGGCAGGUGAACGCAGAGGCGGUGGGCACCGCCGUCGACAACAGCCCCGUGCGCAGGUGCCGCAGGGAGCAGCCCCGGGCGGAGGGGACAGAGGUCACCUCAGCCCGCGGCACGACCCCACACCGCGCCGGCACCUGCCCCGACUCGGGCGCCCCGCGGCCCGGCCCGGCCCGGCCCUCCGCCCCCAGCGCCGGAGGAGCGUGGCCACGCCGGGCCAUGGCGGAGCGGAGCGGCCCCCGCGCCCCGCGGACGGAGCGCACCGGGGCGGCCGGCCGCGCCGUGCUCGGAGCGGGGCCGGAGAGGCCGCCAGGAAGCCGCGCCGCCGCGCCGGGGCUGCUGGAGUGCCGUCGCUGCCGGUACCUGCGCACGGGCAGGGGUGAGCAGGCGGGAGGGGGCUGCGGGAGCCGCUUCCUUUGUCCCGCUGGAGCGGGCUGCCCGGCCCGGCGUCCCCGCCGGGGCCCCCUCCCCGUCCUGGGGAGAGGCUCCUUCCUGGCCGCCAGACGGCUCGCCUGCUGCCAGACGGUGGAAGCGCUCCUCGCCGUGCUGAUCCUGGUCUGCAGCGCCGUGUCCUGCAGCUCGACGGGCGGCUACACGGGCCUGCCCAGCCUGGGGGGCAUCUACUACUACCAGUACGGCGGGGCUUACAGUGGCUUGAGUGGAGCAGACGGGGAAAAAGCCCAGCAGCUGGACCAGCGUUUCUACCUACUAAAGCUGCCAAUUGCAAGGGCAGCAAUGGCCGUGGGAGGGUGUCUCCUGGUCUUCUCUUGCAUUCUUAUUUUGGCUGGUGUUCUGCGGUUACCGUGGCGUUUCCCAGCAUGGCUGCUACUUGAAUGCGUCCUGGACGUAGUGAUUGCAAUUGGCAUAGUGCCUGCUCUGUACUAUUUCUUCCAUUUUCUGCUGGGGGUUUAUAAUUCAUCAGUGUGCAAAGAGAGAGAGCAGCUUUAUCAAAGCAAAGGCUACCAGGGCUUCAGGUGCAGCCUGCAUGGGGCAGAGAUUGCUGCUGGCCUCUUAGGCUGCAUAGCUGCCAUGGCAUACCUGCUUAGCGCAGGCCUAGCUGUCAGGGGGUACAGAACAGUUUACAAACUGAAACAGAAGCCAGUACAAUUACACAAGCUUAGAAUGAUUCCUCUGCUCCAGUAA